AUGGUCACCCCAUCGCUACAUCCUGAAGGCUGGGUAAAGACCGUGGUGAGGACCAACGGGUCUCCGGACGUGGAGGCUGCGGUGGUGGUAUUAGGCGUUGGCGUAAUGAGCGAAGUCGAGGUCGACGAAGUCGAGCUUGACAAAGACGAUGAGAGGAGAGAUGUCGGCGAUGCUGUAGUACUACUAGUCGCGCUGACACCGGAAGUGGUCACGCCAAUGGUCUCGAGCUGA